AUGAAUGGAAAGUCGAUGAACGGAAAUGCUGUGCAUCACGUCAGUGUGAAGACUCAUGUCAACCCAGACAAAAUGAAGAGCAACAAGCCCAGGUGGACCGUCAGAGCCUCAGAAAUGUCCAAAAACACACUCAAUCCCAUCCGAGCUAUAGUGGAUGGGAUGAAACUGACUCCCAACCCUGAGAAACCCAUGAUCGCCUUGUCCAUUGGUGACCCCACUGUGUUUGGGAACUUGCCAACAGAUGACACUGUUCUGCAAGCAAUGAAGGAGGCCAUUGACUCAUACAAAUACAAUGGCUACGCUCCCUCAGUAGGUUACCAGAAAAGUAGAGAAGCUGUUGCAAAUUUCUAUAGUCGAGCAGAAGCUCCACUGGAAUCCAAGGAUGUGAUCUUGGCCAGUGGUUGCAGUCAGGCUAUUGAAUUGGCUAUCAGCGUGUUGUGUAACCCAGGGGACAAUAUCUUAGUCCCGUGUCCUGGAUUCUCUCUUUACAAGACUCUAGCAGUGUCUAUGGGCAUCCAGGUCAAGCUCUACAAUCUUCUGCCAGAGAAAUCCUGGGAGAUUGAUCUUCAGCAUCUGGAGAGUCUAAUAGAUGAGAAAACCGCCUGCGUGAUCGUCAACAACCCAUCCAAUCCAUGCGGUUCUGUGUUCACCAAGGAUCACCUUCAAAAGAUCAUUUCCGUUGCUUCAAGAAACUGUGUCCCUAUCCUUGCUGAUGAGAUCUAUGGCGACAUGGUAUUCCCUGGACGUGACUUUUAUCCUAUGGCACAUCUCAGUAGUGACGUGCCCAUCCUGUCCUGUGGUGGUCUGGCCAAGCGCUGGCUGGUUCCAGGCUGGAGGAUGGGCUGGAUCCUAAUCUAUGAUUCUAACAACAUCUUUGGAAAUGAAAUACGAGAGGGUCUUGUAAAACUGAGUCAGCGCAUUUUGGGACCUUGCACUGUUGUCCAGGGCGCAUUAGAGAGCAUUUUAAACAACACACCCAUGGAAUUCUACCAAAGCACUGUCAGUUUCCUCAAGUCAAACUCAGAGAUAUGUUUCUCAGAGUUAUCAACUGUCCCCGGCCUGAACCCAGUGAUGCCAUCUGGAGCCAUGUACAUUAUGGUGGGAAUCGAGAUGGAACAAUUCCCAGAAUUCCAGAAUGAUGUCGAGUUCACUGAACGACUGGUCACAGAGCAAUCUGUGUUCUGUUUACCCGCUACGGCAUUUGAGUAUCCCAACUUUUUCCGAAUCGUGGUAACAGUUCCCGAGGAGAUGAUGGUGGAGGCAUGCGUUCGAAUUAGAGAAUUCUGCGCACGUCAUUACCGACCUCACAGUCAAGACAGCAAUGAUCUAGACCAAUAA